UUAUUUUGAAGUACCACGCACUUCCGCCUGUCUGCGCUCAUGGCUGAAUUGUCCACUCUUUAGUAAACCUUUGGCCUGAAGUUAGUUUAUAAAUGACAUGUCAGCGCUAACUAAAGCAAUGUCGAAGUUUCGUUUGGCCGUGGUCCAGCUGCAGGUGACCAGUGUGAAAGCGGACAACCUGAGCCGAGCCCGGAGACUGGUGAAGGAGGCGGCGGGACAGGGGGGCAAGGUGGUGCUGCUACCGGAGUGCUUCAACUCUCCAUAUGGCACCAGUUUUUUCGCUGCAUAUGCCGAGAGGAUCCCAGGAGAGUCCACUCAGGUGCUAUCAGAAAUCGCCAAAGAAAACAAAGUGUAUUUGGUGGGAGGUUCCAUUCCUGAAGAAGAUGGUGGGAAGUUGUAUAACAGCUGUGCAGUGUUUGACCCAGAAGGACAGAUGCUUCUCAAACACAGAAAGAUUCAUCUCUUUGACAUCAGUGUCCCGGGAAAAAUCCACUUUCAGGAAUCAGAGACGCUCAGUCCAGGAAACAGUUUAUCAAUGUUUGACACACCAUUUUGCAAAGUUGGUGUUGGCAUCUGCUACGACAUGAGGUUUGCAGAACUGGCACAGCUUUAUAGCAGGAAAGGUUGCCAGCUCUUGGUUUAUCCUGGAGCCUUUAACAUGACGACUGGUCCAGCACAUUGGGAGCUCCUACAGAGAGCCAGGGCGGUAGAUAAUCAGGUUUAUGUGGCGACGGCAUCACCAGCCAGAGAUGAAACAGCGUCUUAUGUGGCUUGGGGUCACAGCACAGUCGUGAACCCAUGGGGAGAGGUCAUCUCAAAAGCUGGUCCUGAAGAGGCUGUUAUUUAUGCAGAUAUUGAUUUGCAGUAUUUGGCUGAUAUACGACAACAGAUCCCUAUCACUACUCAGCAACGAAAUGAUCUCUACACUGUCACCACAGUCCCAGAGUCAAAAGGCUGAUCAUCCCCAAACCGGAUGGAGCAGUACACAGGGACAGGUACCAACACUGAGACAAUGGGAGGCAUCAAACAUGGCAGAUUCUGACUCUGAAAAACCUACAAACUGAAGAACAUUACUGUGCCUUGUUAAUGACUGUAGUAAUGAUGUGAUGAUUUCAUAUGAUCAUUUGGAUACUGGCCAGUAUGUUGGAAAAGGAGAGAAGAGCAUAACUACAAGGAAAAUAUCAUUUUAAUUUACAACAAUAAACAACAGCAGAGUCAUGUUUAUAGAAAUGAGUCCAUGAAGUAAAUCCAGUGAAAUACAAAUGUGUCCAGUUUAAGAGUGAUUUAAAGUCAGUUUUGAUAUCUUUUUAUAAUGCUUAUCGUCAGACACAGGUCUCCUUUGAGGUCAGUGCUUCUUCCUGUGUUUCUUCUUCUAGGAACUGGUGCUUUUUGUAUCCUGUAAUGAAGACAACCAAAAACUAAAGCUCAAUAUACACAGAAUACCAUAUAUAAUCUUGCAUUAAAGAUACACCAACUUCAAAAUUUUAAAUAAGAAGGGCUGUCUUCAUAGGUAUUCAAUUCCUACCAAUGACUCUUUUACAUGUUAGAACAGUGGGCUAUAUCAUUGUUUUUUGAUGAAUAACUAAGAAAAUCUUUACUUUUAUUGUAAAGUUUCUCAUUCAAGUCCUUUUGGAAGUAUGUCCAAAUGGCAUGGUAUUGUUGACAUUGCAAAACAAAUGAGUCAUAAUAAAUGGUUUGGUGCACA